AUGCCAAUGAAAGGAAAUCACGACGAUUCACGACUCAUUGAAAGGUUCAAUUUCAAUUUGAGACCAGCAAUGGCUUCUCUGGCAUCAUUAAUCCAAGAUCCCUCCGGGUCUCUCCCAAACCUUCUUCCGACCAAAGUGCCAACUUAUCCUCAACAAGCUCAAAUGUUGCCCCCACCACGUCCACGAAUCAAUCAAAUGUGGAACCUUGGU